UGUGUGCGUGCUCAAAACUCAUUGAUGAAAUAUUUCAAAACAGACACAAAACAAUGCAAAACAAAACAAAGCAAUCGGGCUCGCGUUGAAAUCUUGUUGGGAUUAAAUGACAAAUAGAAACUCAAGAAUAUUCGAAUAUUGAAAAACCAAACGAUUUUCGCGGCAAAACAAAAGCGUUAAUUCGGUUAAGCACUUAAAGCGACGUCAACGGCUGGCCAAAAAAUAAGAAAGAAACAAAGAAGGCGAAGAGGUAGGCGGGGCCCAUGUGGCCCACAAGCGGCCGAUGCGACGUCAAUGCGUUGACUACAACAGCAAAAGCAACAACAACAACAGCAGCAACAACUUCAAUAAGAAAAGCCAAGUCAAGUAACAAACGAGAACAAAUUGCUUGGCCAAGUUACGUGCAUAGUUCAAUUGAAGGUGAAAUCCACUAGCUAAAGCCCUGCGAGUAACAGAGAGGGAGAGUGAAUAAGUGAGUGAGUGAGUGAGUGAGUGAGAGAGAGAGAGGAGAGUGUGUGAACGAGAGUGAAGCCUCGGCCAGUACCCGCAUCAACAUGUCCAGCAGCCAUUCGGGCACAAUUGGCCGUAAACGCGUUGGCAGCGGCAGCGCCAUCGGCAGCGAAUUUUACUAUGGCAGCAGCAUAAGUGGCUCGAACCCCGGCGGCGGUGGCAUUAGCAGCUCGAACCCCAACGGAGAGCAACAGCAGCUGAGGCGUCAACGUUCAGCCGAAUGGCAUAGCCAUCGACAUGGACACGGCUAUGGCAGCAGCAGCGAGGACGAAUAUCAAAAUACCGCCCAGGCAACGGCCUUUGAUACGCAGCUGUUGGCUCAGCUGCUGCUGCAGAGUCAGCAAUUGGCAAGCAUGGAGCACUACAAUUCGGACUGUGAGCCGGAAUAUCUGCGCAAACGCGAUCAUCGCACCGAGGAUGCCAGCCAAGCCAGCCAAGAGGUGACCUACGCUCAGCCGCAUCAGCGAACCGGCGCAGCCAACGGCGCGGCGGCAGCGCAGUCGCCACUCAAGGUGGCCACCGUCUCGGCGAGCAGCGGCGCCAUCAAAUAUCCCUCGAAUGCCAAUCUGGGCCUGUUCCCCAACAGCAGCAGCAGCAGCAGCACGACGCUGACUGCGGCGCCGCGCAGUACAAAUCCCUUCUUGAACGGCAAGUACGCCGCCGAGGAGUCGCCUCCGGAUGCUGGGGACGGCAGCGCCAGGGGCGUGGCGGCAGCAGCUAGCGCCUACUUGCUGCCCGCGUCGGCGUCAUCGUCGACAGCGGCGUCGAGCAGUCGCAGCCAGCGCAGCGGUGCAGCGCGCAGCACACUGAAUCGAUUGAGCGGCAUGACGAGCUCCAGCAGCGGCACCUCGGCCCUAUCUGUCAAUCGCAGCGAACGUGCCCAGACGCCACUACAACAGCAACAGCAACAGCAGCCGCAGCCGCAGCCGCAGCAGCAGCAGCUAACGGCAAAACAAUCGCAGCUGCAGCUGUCGUGCGAUCUGAAUGAAUUUGGGGACAACAACAGCAGCGGCGAGUCGGAGCCACCGCCGGAGCCGGCGCCGCCGGAGAUACCGCCGCGCACUCAGUCGCUGCUGAUGUCCUUGCGCAAGCACUCCGACUACAAGCUCAAGUACGAGGAAAAGGGGGACCAAAAACACGAGGAAUUCAUACCGACCAGCCAGCUCCAGAAGGAUUAUAUCAUCAGCGAUAAUCUACGCACUGUGGAGCAGCAAUUGAAGCCAAUUUCUCCAGGCGAUUCCCAGGGAUUGGGCGGCCACCCACAACAGAUGCCACAAAGUAUGUCAACUGGCAGCAACACAAUCGGCCAUGGCGGCAUCGAUCGCGGCGGCGUCGGCGUCGGCGUCGGCAUGCCAAUGGGCGCCGGCACCAUGCCGGUGGGCGUUGGCGGUCAGGUGGGCGGGCCGCAGGUAUCGGUCGGACCGCCUGGCAGCGGAGUCGCCGGACCGCAUUGCCAGAUAAGCGGCUCACAGCCGCUGGUCAUGCCUGGAUUCCCGUUGCGUAAUUCGCAUUCAGCGCAUGCACCACACUAUUCGCCAUAUUCACCAUCCAGGUUUCACAUAGAUAAACGCUGUCAACACCGAUGUUCCUGGAAAUGCUUGAGCAUCGCCUUAAUAUUCAUAUCCGUCGUCCUAACCGCCAUGUUGGCAUACUUUGCAGCAGUCAGUUCGAUGAAACCGAACAUGGACAGCUCGAAUUGUAUCCUAGUCCAAGAUGUCAAAUCGCAGCCGCACGAUCUGCGCGGCGGCUCUGGCGGCAAGGGUGGCGACAACAAGGCGCAGGCGGGUGGCGGCGGUGCCACCGCCUAUCCCACGGAGGAAUCGAUACAGACCAGCACCUCGGAUCAUGCAGGCAACAAUGGCGGAGCAGCGGUAGGAGCUGGCGGCGGCGCCACAGGCAUACAGCAGCAACUGUUGCUCCAACAGCAGCAACCGCACGCCAUCAAUCAGCCGUUGACGCCGUUGGACGCGACCAAUACACAGCUGCAGGAUCAACUGACUUAUGGCGGCGCAGCCGGCGGCUUGGGCCAGCAGCAGCAUAAUCUGCUGCUGCAGCAGGCGGGCCACCAUCAUCCGGCACUGCAGCAGCAGCAGGGCGUUGGCUUGAGCGGCGGACAGUGGCCCCAGGUCGUGGAGCUGAAGGACUUCAAUGAGCUCUACCAUGCCAACAUACCGGCCUAUCAGUUCUGGACACUCGAGUUUCGCAACAAGCAUCCGGCCUUCAUACGGUUCAACUUCACGCUGCCCUGGGGCGCCCACUUCGCUGUCUAUUCGCGGCGCAAUGUGGCGCCGUCGGUGACUCAGCACGAUUUUGUGGAGUUCAUCAAGGGCGGACGACUCGAUAGCCAUUUGCGACAUCGCCGCGAUGCCGGCAACGUGACCCACAAUGCCAAGGAUCUGGGACUGACUGCAGUUUAUGAGAAGGAAAAGGAGAAACAGCAAUUGCAACUGCGACGUCGUCGCCGCAGCAACAGCUCCGAGGAGGAAUUGGACCAGGAACAGGAACAGGAUCUGGAUCGUGCCGAUGAUGACUUAAACGAUAGCAGCGAUGAAUCACCCGCUGGCCUAGACUCGGCCGAAUACUUUGAGGGCAAGACGGGCACAGUGGCACACGCACUGAACAAGCGUUCCGCCGCUGAUGGUGGUGCUGGUGGUUUGCCCGCUCUUGAUAUGGACGCCAUGACCGUGAAUGUGUCGCUGUUGCAAUAUCUGGACACUGGCUUGUGGUUCAUAUCCGUUUACAAUGAUGAGCUCGUCGCCCAUUCCGUGUCGCUGCUCGCCGAGGAGGCCGAGGGCGUCAGCACCACCUGUCCGAAUGAUUGUUCGGGACGCGGCAGCUGUUAUCUGGGCAAGUGCGAUUGCAUCGAUGGCUAUCAGGGCGUGGACUGCUCCAAAAGCGUUUGUCCGGUACUCUGCUCGGCUCAUGGCCACUACGGCGGCGGCGUCUGCCACUGCGAGGACGGCUGGAAGGGCGCCGAGUGCGACAUACCCGUGGGCGAGUGCGAGGUGCCCAAUUGCUCCAGCCACGGCCGCUGCAUCGAGGGCGAGUGCCACUGUGAGCGCGGCUGGAAGGGACCCUACUGCGAUCAACAUGAUUGCCUUGAUCCAUUGUGCUCCGGCCAUGGCACCUGCGUGGCCGGGCAGUGCUAUUGCAAGGCCGGCUGGCAGGGUGAGGACUGUGGCACCAUUGAUCAGCAGGUGUAUCAAUGCCUGCCCGGCUGCUCCGAGCAUGGCACCUACGACCUGGAGACGGGACAAUGCGUCUGCGAGCGCCACUGGACGGGACCAGAUUGUUCGCAAGCUGUCUGCAGCUUGGACUGUGGCCGCAAUGGCGUCUGCGAAUCGGGCAAAUGCCGCUGUAACACCGGCUGGACGGGCAACCUCUGCGAUCAGCUGCCCUGCGAUGCCCGCUGCUCGGAGCACGGCCAAUGCAAGAAUGGAACCUGCGUCUGCUCCCAGGGCUGGAACGGAAGACACUGCACGCUGCCUGGUUGCGAGAACGGCUGCUCACGGCACGGUCAGUGCACUCUGGAGAAUGGCGAAUAUCGUUGCGAUUGUAUUGAAGGCUGGGCGGGCAGCGACUGCUCCAUAGCCUUGGAAAUGAACUGCAAGGACAACAUUGAUAACGAUGGCGAUGGUAUGACCGAUUGUUCAGACAGCGAAUGCUGUUCGCAUCCAGCCUGCUCCGAGCACAUUAUGUGUCUCUCCUCCAACGAUCCAGUCGAAGUGCUGCUGCGCAAGCAGCCGCCCUCGGUGACGGCGUCGUUCUAUCAGCGCGUCAAGUUUCUGAUCGAGGAGAAUUCGGUUCAAUCGUACGCCCACAUGGACGAGUACAGCGAGAAUCUCUUCUGGAGCUCGUUCACACCUUGUCGCGUCUCGGUGAUGCGCGGCCAGGUGAUAACGCCCCAGGGCCUAGGCAUUGUGGGCAUACGCGUUUCCGUGGAUCGUGACUCACGCUUCGGCUUCACACUCACGCGCCAAGGCGGCUGGUUUGACGUUUUGGUUAAUGGCGGCGGCGCUGUCACCUUACAGUUCCAACGUUCGCCAUUCCGUCCACUGACCCGCACCGUCUUCGUGCCCUGGAAUCGCAUCGUGGUGCUGCCCCCCGUCCAGAUGCAGCUGAGCGACGACGAUGAGACGACGAGUCGCAAUAUCAAAGUGGCUCCAUUGAAUCCGGCGCUGACAUUCCUCAACUCCAUACACUAUCACACGGCGGACGAGGCGAACGAUGCGAGCAAAGUCUGCAUGGAUCACGAUCACGAGAAGCUGAAGCCCCAGCUGAUUAGCACUUGGAUGCCGAACGGCGUGGGCGCGAUGCCCGGCAAGCGCGUCAUCUUUGCCGAGACUCAGAUUGUCCAGGAAUCGAUUCAAAUACCCGGCUCCGACCUGCAUCUCACAUACCAAUCGUCGCAAGCCUCCGGCUAUUUGAGCAUUGUGCGCAUGCGCCUGACCUCGGAGAUAAUACCCAAGACGCUGACCCAUGUGCACGUGGGCGUGGAGAUCGAGGGCGCACUGCACGUGAAGACCUACGAGGCGGAUCCGAACUUGAUUCAUACGUUUGCCUGGAACAAGCGCAACGUCUACCGGCAGAAGGUCUACGGCGUGACCAUCGCCCGCAUCUCCGUCGGCUAUCAGCACAGCACGUGCCUGACUCCGGUUUGGAUAACGCAGACUGCGAAGCUGCAGGGCUACGAUGUGGACAUCUCUGACAUCGGUGGCUGGGGCCUGGACAUCCACCAUCAUUACAAUUUCCAUGAGGGCAUACUGCAGAAGGGCGACGGCUCCACGCUCCACAUGAAGGAGUAUCCGCGCACCGUCAAGGUCGUCAUGGGCACCGGCCUGCAGCGUCCGCUCAACUGUCCGGACUAUUGCAACGGCGUGGCCAAGGAUGCCAAGCUGCUGACACCGAUCGCCCUGGCCACGGGACCCGACGGCAGUCUCUAUGUGGGCGACUUCAAUCUGGUGCGUCGCAUCACGCCCGACGGCAAGGUCUUCACCAUACUCCAGCUGAGCGCUACCCAAGUCUCGUAUCAGUACUAUUUGGCCGUAUCGCCGGCCGACGGACACCUGUACAUUUCGGACCCGGAAAGGCAUCAGAUACUGCGCCUGCUACGGCUCGAGAAGGUCAAGGAUCCGAGCAUCAACAGUGAGCCCGUUGUGGGCAGCGGCCAGCGUUGCAUUCCCGGCGACGAGGGCAACUGCGGCGACGGCGGCCCGGCCCUGCAGGCGCGCCUCUCCCAUCCCAAGGGCCUGGCCAUUGCCGCCGAUCGCACCAUGUACAUUGCCGACGGCACCAACAUACGCGCCGUGGAUCCCAAGGGCGUCAUCCACACGCUCAUUGGCCAUCAUGGCCAUCACAAUCACUGGAGUCCGGCGCCCUGCUCGGGCACCCUGAUGGCCAAUCAGGCGCAACUGCAGUGGCCCACUGGCCUGGCACUGAGUCCGCUCGACGGCUCGCUUCACUUCAUCGACGAUCGGCUCGUGCUGCGCCUCACGUCGGACAUGAAGAUACGCGUCGUGGCUGGCACGCCGCUGCACUGCAGCAACAACGGGCCGGACAAUCGCGUCAACAAAACGGCCACCGACAAUGUCCUCGGCACCGUCCUGGCCAUGGCCUUCUCACCCUUCGGCGAUCUCUACAUUGCGGACAGCGAUUCGAGGCGCAUCAAUUCGAUACGCGUCGUCGACACCGCUGGCAAUAUGCGUUACUUUGCUGGCAAACAGGAGGGCACCGGCACUCAGACCUGCGACUGUGCCAUUGGAAAUGGCAGCAAUGGCUCGGCGGCCGCCGGACUGGGCGUGGCCAGUGGAGGCGCCUACUCAACGACCGUGAAUCCGACACGCAAUAAUGGCGGCACGACGCCGACGACACCAGCUGGCGGAAACGGAAAUAAUGGCAGCUCGGCCGCUGGCAGCGCCGGCAGCAGCGGCACCGGCAGCGGCGCUGGCGUCCUGAACAGCAGCGGCGUCUGCGUCUGCCCCGGCGGCAGCAUCUCCGGCAGCAACUCGGGCACACUUGCCGGCAUUGUGGCCGGCGGCAGCCUAAUGUCCACCGGCCCCACCACAACCACAACAGUGCUGCUGGGCGCCAAGACAACGGCUGGCGGCGCCGGCUCCAAUCUGGGCCUGGGCGCUACCCUAAACGACGACGGCACCCUGAGCAACGCCGAGACGCUGCUCUCCUCGAACGCCCGCUUCCAGGCCAUCUCGGCCAUCGCAGUGGCCCAGGACGGUGUCAUCAAUGUGGCCGAUCAAGGUUCGCUGCAUGUGCUCGCCUUGGAGCACUAUUUGCCGUCGCACGAUGAGAAUGGCGAAUUCCAUAUACCGUUCCCGCCGUCCAGUGAGAUCUAUGUGUUCAAUCGAUAUGGCCAGCAUGUGGCCACCAAGGAUCUGACAUCGGGCAAGACACGCUACAGUUUCCUCUACUCGAAGAACACGAGCUUUGGCCGCCUAUCCACAGUGACGGAUGCCUCCGGCAAUAAGAUACAGUUCUUGCGUGACUACAGCAACGUGGUGAGCUCCAUUGAGAAUACCCAGGAUCACAAGUCGGAGAUACAGAUCAAUGGUAUCGGCAUUAUGACCAAGCUGAGCGAGAAGGGGCGCCAGGAGAUCGAGCUGGACUACGACAGCAAUACGGGUCUGUUGAACUCGCGUUCCUCGGGCGGCGAGACGUACAUCUAUCAGUACGAUGAAUUUGGUCGUGUCACGGGCAUGAUACUGCCCAGCGGCGAGAUCGUGCGCAUCACCUCACAGCUGGCGGACAACAAGGGACUCACGAUCUAUGUGCACGCCUCUGUCGAAUCGCUCUUCUCCCGGGAGCGCGUGUCCGGCGUAGGCACCGCCGGCGACGGCAAUGCCAACGAGCUGCUGGUGCUGGGUGGCGUACGCUCAACGUUCCUGAAACGCGGACGCGCCCACGCCGAUGCCGAACUGAAGGCCAACAAUACGCUGGUCAUACACGGCGCCAAUGGAGUCGUCGUCGAGGCCUCGGCCGUGGCUCGGCAUCCCCUGCUGGAGGCGGCGCUGCCCGUCGAGGCCGAAAUGCUGGCCAUGUGGUCGCACCAGAGCGUCACCAUGGGCGAUGGCCUAACCAAUUCGAUGUACUCCGUCUACAAUCUGGUCGGCGAUGUGCGCAAUCCGCAGCAGACGCUGAAUCGCGAGAUAUGGGUGAAUCAGUCGCGUGUCAUUGGCGUCGAGUUCGAUCAGUUCACCAAUCGGGAGACGUUCUACGAUGCGAAUCGCACGCCCAUACUGAUUGUGGCCUACGAUCAGUCCGGCUUGCCCAAGUCGUACUAUCCGACGAAUGGAUAUCCCGUGAACAUCACCUACGAUCGCUUCAAUCGUGUCGAGGGCUGGGCCUGGGGACCGGCUGAGCUGAAGUACAGCUACGAUCGUCACGGCCUGCUCUCGGAGAUCACCUCACAGCAGGAUGGCAUCAUCAGCUUCGUGUACAACGACUGGAACCUCGUCUCGGAGAUCGGCUUGGCCAGCCAGCGUAAGUUUGUGCUGCAGUACGAUGAUGCCGGCGGCUUGAGGCAUGUCGUCCUGCCGUCGGGCACACGGCACAGCUUCAGCAUGCAGACCUCGAUCGGCUUCAUUCGGUGCACCUACACGCCGCCGGGCAGCACGCGCGCCUAUCUGCAGCACUACAGCCAUGCGGGUGCUCUGCUACAGACCAUAUUGCCCGGGGACGGUGCUCGCAUCGUCUAUCGCUACAAUGCAGCCGGCCAGCUGACGGAGGUGGUGCACGGCGACGGACGCAGCGAGUUCCAGUACAACGAUGCCACUGGCAUGCCCAGCACCGUGUCGCAUGCCGAGCGGGAGCUGGAGUACCGCUGGGACUUUGAGUACGCCGCGGGACUCUUGACCGAGGAGCGCAUCGACUACGUGGCCAAGACGGGGCUGAGCAAUGCCAAGUUCAGCUACGAAUAUGACAGCCAGCUGCGCGUGGUGGCACUCCAGGGCCGUAUCGGCGGGCAGAGCUUGCCCAGCCAGGCGUACGCGUACGACAGACGCACCGGACAGCCCAGCCUGAUUGGCCAGUUCAAGUUCACGCGGCCAGCGCUGAAUCAGACCCAGCUGCACGACGGCACCGCUGGCUUUACGCGCACCGUCGACGGUCGCUUCCAGACGCAGUGCAUGGCCCUGUCCAUCCAUCGGCUGGAGGUGUUCCGCAUGGAGUUCACGUACGGUGUCCACGGACGCAUCUCCCAGACACGCACCUACACCCGCAACAUGGCCGUCAACAGCUACACGAAUGUGAAGAACUACACGUGGGACUGCGAUGGGCAGCUGGUGGGCGUCGAGGCGCAGGAGCCGUGGGGCUUCCGCUACGAUGACAACGGCAAUCUGCUAUCGCUGACGUACCGCGGCAACACCAUACCCAUGGAGUACAAUGCCCAGGACCGUAUCGUCAAGUUCGGCGAGGGGCAGUACAAGUACGACGCGAGGGGCUUGGUGGCGCAGAAUGCGCGGGAGGAGCGCUUCCACUACAAUACGCAGGGUCUCUUGGUGCGUGCCUCGAAGCGCGGACGGUUCGAUGUCCGGUACUACUAUGAUCAUCUGAAGCGCUUGACCACGCGCAAGGAUAACUUCGGCAAUGUGACGCAGUUCUUCUACACGAAUCAGCAGCGCCCCUACGAGGUAUCGCAGAUCUAUUCGCCGCGCGAUGGCAAGCUGAUGUCGCUGACCUACGACGAUGUGGGCCACCUGAUCUACGCCCAGGUGUACAGGCACAAGUACUACGUGGCCACGGACCAGAGCGGCACCCCGCUGAUGCUCUUCAAUCAGUACGGCGAGGGCAUUCGGGAGAUAAUGCGUUCGCCCUUCGGUCAUAUCGUCUACGAUUCGAAUCCAUAUCUGUAUUUGCCCAUCGAUUUCUGUGGCGGCAUUUUGGACCAGGUGACGACGCUUGUGCACAUGGGCGAUGGACGGGUCUAUGAUCCGUUGAUUGGCCAGUGGAUGUCGCCCGACUGGCAGCGAGUCGCCGAGCGCAUCAUCACGCCCACGCGCCUCCAUUUGUAUCGCUUCAAUGGCAACGACCCCAUCAAUGUGGGCCAGGAGCGUCACUAUCCCGCUGACUUUGCCAGCUGGCUGCGCACCCUCGGCUACAACGUGGGCAACCUCAUGCCGCAGCUGGCCAAGGACUUGUGGCAGCCCCCAGCGCUGUGGGGCCGCCCGCCGACCAAUCCGAUCGCGCUUAACAUGCGCCGUCCCUUCGACAACAUACCCACCAUGGCCGUCGAGAGCGGCUUCCUGGCCCAUCUCAACGUCCGUCGCAUGUCCGACUUUGAGCAGCUGUCGGCGCCACCGCGCUCCGCCCUGAAGUGUGAUGUGAUGGACCCCUCGCCGCGGAUCAUUGGCUCCGACACGGAGCCGCCGUUUGGCAAAGGCAUUGUGGUGUCGCGCACCGCUGACGGCCAGGCGAUCGUGUCCAGUGUGCCGGCCGCGAACGCCAUCUAUCGGGAUGUCUAUACGAGCGUCUUCAACCGGUCCAAGCUGCUGCCGUUCACCUUUGUGGUGCACAAUGCCCAGCAGGACUCGUUCUUCUUUGUCAAGGAGGAUGCGUGGCGCGCCAGCGAGGAUCGCCAGCAGCUGAAGCGUCUGCAGGGUCAGGUGAACACCACCUUCCAUGAGAUCACGCGCGAGUCGACGGCAGCCGGUGGGGCGGGCGCAGCAGCCGGUGGUGCCGGCGCUGGCAGCUCAUCUGGCGGCAACUACUUGGACGUCAAGAUUCAUGGGGCGCAUGCGAUCAUCAAUUUGCGAUACGGCACCACCGUUGCCAAGGAGCAGCAGCGCCUGAUGCACCACGCCAAGCUGACGGCGGUGCGCAAGGCCUGGCACCGCGAGAAGGAGGCGCUGCGCAGCGGCCUAACCACCGCGCUCGAGUGGACCCAGCAGGAGAGCGACGAGAUACUCAAGCAGAGCUAUGCCAACAACUAUGAGGGUGAGUAUAUACACGAUGUGGCGCUCUACCCGGAGCUGGCCGAGGAUCCCUACAACAUCAAGUUCGUGAAGAAGAAGGGCGCCACUGGCGGUGCGGCCGGCGUCUCCAAUGCCCAGCGGCGGCGGCGCAGCCUCAGCUGGUCCACGGACGACCACGAAGCGGCGCCAGAUGCGGAGCCGGUCGCCUGUUAGCUCCUAGGAACCCCUCCCAACUACGAAGUAACACAAGGAAAGCCCACUAAAUAUAACUAAAUAUUUAUAAUUAUCAUAAAUACGAGUAUUAUAGCCACUGGGUUAGCAAAGGAACAGAGACAGAGA